CGGCGGCGCAGGCGUAGUGCGUCACGGGCGGCCUGGCAGCUGGCGGCGCUGAGGUGGACGCGUCUAGAGGGCUGUCUGACCGCGGAGUCGGGGCUUGCUUUGGGGGCAUGAGCCGAGGGGACUACGCCGAGGUGACGAGUAUUUCGUAGAGAUUGAUGGAAGCAGAAACCAAAACUCUUCCCCUGGAGAAUGCAUCCAUCCUUUCAGAGGGUUCCCUACAGGAAGGGCACCGGUUAUGGAUUGGCAACCUGGACCCCAAAAUCACAGAAUACCACCUCCUCAAGCUCCUGCAGAAGUUUGGCACGGUGAAGCAGUUCGACUUCCUCUUCCACAAGUCAGGUGCUUUGGAGGGACAGCCUCGAGGGUACUGUUUCGUUAACUUUGAAACUAAGCAGGAAGCAGAACAAGCCAUCCAGUGUCUCAAUGGCAAGCUGGCUCUGUCUAAGAAGCUGGUGGUGCGAUGGGCACACGCGCAAGUGAAGAGAUACGAUCAUAACAAGAAUGAUAAGGUCCUUCCAAUUAGUCUUGAGCCAUCCUCAAGCACUGAGCCCACCCAGUCUAACCUAAGUGUCACUGCAAAGAUAAAAGCCAUUGAAGCAAAGCUGAAAAUGAUGGCAGAAAACCCUGAUGCAGAGUAUCCAGCAGCACCUGUUUAUUCCUACUUCAAGCCACCAGAUAAAAAAAGGACUACUCCUUAUUCUAGAACAGCUUGGAAAUCUCGAAGAUGAUGGUUAUGAAUUACCAUAACAGCAAAAGCAAAUUGGUCUCCACACCUGAAAUCCUCUGCCUUUGUGCUUGUAGCUGUGAAUGGUACUAUCCGACAGAGCACAGUCACGUGUUAGAAUUUGGUAACAUAACGUCUUUGGAUGUUCUUAUGGAUGUUUCUUCCCUGAAGUAUGUGUGGAAUUGAGCAUCAUCCAGAAUAAAUAGGAUUGUAUCCAAAACUGUGAUUUGAACACUGGGAUGCUCUAGUUGGCUGGUUUGUUUGGAUUUGUAACUCCAGAAACAUUAUAUAGUGUGCCAGAGAGAAAGGCAAGCAUAAAAAAUGUUACUAUUUAAAUCAGGAAACUUAAGUUAUUAAUAUCCGUCUUAAAAAAAAAAAAAAACAUUUUUCUGUACUCAAGUGUCUUUACAACAUAAAGAAGAAGUAAAAGACAGGGAGGGAAGUGAGAGAUUUUUGAAUCAUGUUCAGAACUGCUGUUCCAGAAUUCUCUAUGGAAAUCCCUCCAACUGGACUAAAAGAAAAGGUUCUUGGCAAAAAGAGCUGUUUCUUUGAGCAAAUGUUGUGGUAAUUUGUUUAAGAAUUAUGCUUAUUGUUUCAAAAUCCCAACUAGGAAAACAUGGUGUAUAUCUUAAAAAAUUGUUUGCAUUGACAAAACUGUAGAAUGAAAUUUAGCUUUUUUUUUUUUUUUUUUUUUUUUUUGCGGUACGCGGGCCUCUCACUGUUGUGGCCCCUCCCACUGCGGAGCACAGGCUCCGGACGCGCAGGCUCAGCGGCCAUGGUUCACGGGCCCAGCCGCUCUGCGGCAUGUGGGAUCCUCCCAGACUGGGGCACAAAUCCGUGUCCCCUGCAUUGGCAGGUGGACUCUCAACCACUGCACCACCAGGGAAGCCCCGAAAUUUAGCAUUUUAUACCACAACGGAAGUUCUGUUUGGAAAUCCAGUUUUUCUACUGGGAUCAUUUUUUAAGAAUCUAAAUAAUCCUGCCUCUAUAAUACCAAAUGUCAUUAUUAAUAUGGGACUUUUAAAACUGCAUUUAUUGCAUGAGAUUGUUUUUAAUAGCAUGAGGAUGUUCUAUUUGGAAUUGUAUCAUGGUCAAUCUAAAUAGAAAAGCAAAAUUUCUUUGAAAACUUAAACAUUGCUAUAUUGAUCUCUAACAAACAUAUUAUUUAUGAAUAAUUGUGUAGAGGUCUGAGUAGAAGAAAUCAAAUUCUCUUAUGUGGGGUGAGGUGGGGACAUGCAGUGGACACAGAAAGUCAAUGGAGCAGGCACUGCUCUGGCACCGAGAUUGUAAUGACCUCAUGUUUUAUGUGGUUUUUAAAGGCUUGAAAGACUGCAUGACUUUAAAAUGAUUCUUCAUUUUUAGAACCUACUUCUCCCCAGAUAUUUUUUGCCUCUGUGAACAUUUUAAAUAUAACAAUAGAGAAAGAAAAAGAAAUCAACAGAUUUGGGAGUGUGUUUCUGUCAGCAGUGUUGGUUGGUCAUUUUGGUGCAAGGUUGACAGACUGUUUCAUUGGGCAGCACCAUUGCUUCUUUACCAGGUAAAUCACUUUGUUACCCAACGUGCCACUCUUAGUGAGUACAGACUGUUUACCGUCAUUUUUCCUAGCAAGAGGAAGCCUUCAUUAUAGGAACUUAAGUCUUCCUAUGAGCAUAAAUGAAUUUAAGACACUUGAACCAAAACUGCAGCAUAGUGAGGCUUCAGAAUUCACAGAACUGGUUCAGAGAAAUUCUUAUCACCUUUCCCAAGGUAAAACUUUUCAGAUAUCUUUAAAUGUUAAAUACUUCCUGCGUUUAUGAGCUCAGUCUAAGAUGCAAGUAAUUCUCUUUCCAUUUGGGGGAUAGGUCAGGGAGGUAGGAGCAUUAUCUCCCAUUUUUCUGGUGACUUCUGAGAGCAUACAAUUCACCAUUUUAUCCUUAAGUCCUCAGAGAGUUAUGGUGGAGUAGGACUUAUUUAAUGCAAAAUGUCUUCUAUUUUUAAUAGGAACUUAGAAAAUACUUAACAUUGAAUUAUCUAGAGUUGUUUCCUUUAGAAACCAGAGCUAUUUAUUUGUAUUUAAAGCAAUGUUUGUUAUUUGUACCGAUUCUUAUUCCUCUGUGUGAAUAAAUGCAAGACAGUGUCUGCGGUUGUGUCUUCUCUCGUCCACCUCCUGCAGUGAAAACCAAGGCUCUUGGGGAGGCUUGUUUCCCCUCAGGACGUGGGCCAGUGUGUCCAGGCGGGGUGCUGUUUCUAAGUGCCUUCUCAGACCUCAGAGGCAGUUCUGUCCCCCUUUUCUGCCUGCCUACUUCUGUUAGAGAUGAGAAAAGAGACUAGCUGUUCUCACUAUAAAUCUAUUUGAAAAGAAGUUGUUAAUGAAAGUCCCCUGAAGUGUGAUGAUGUGCUUAGGCCCUCUUUCAAAGUAGGGGUUUCAAAAGAAUAAAUGUGUGUGUCAUAAAUAUGCUGAAAGCGGUUUGAUGAAAGGCUUGUAAAAUGUAACUGUUAACUUGGUCAACUGUUAUGAAGUUACCUGUACUUUAAAAUUAUUUAUUGGUUUACUGUUUUGCUAAAAUUAAGUCACAAUUUUGAUUUGUACAAGAGUGAAGAAGUGAGGGAAAUAUCUUCUUAAUCUCAGCUCCUAUUUUAUCAAAUGCAAACUAUAACCCUACCCUGUUGAUUUUCUAUAAUUGGCAUCUCAGUAUUAGGGAAAAGAAUCACAUGAGGAAAGAUUUUUCAAAGCAUAUCAAAAAUCAACGGCCAAAGUUUUUAAAACCAUAUAUUCUAGAGCUGUCCCUUGUCUAUUAAGGUAUGUACAGUU